UCCGGCCAUGUUUUGAAGUCCUUCUCCGGGACCCACCUGAGAGCCGAGCAUCUUAGUUUCACGGGUUUUCUGGAAGAAAAUUGCUAGCCUCUCAUCCUUGGGGAAGUUCUUGAACCAUGGCAAGUCCAAGGACUAGGAAAGUUCUUAAGGAAGUCAGAGCACAAGAUGAGAACAAUGUCUGUUUUGAAUGUGGUGCAUUUAACCCCCAGUGGGUGAGUGUGACCUAUGGAAUUUGGAUCUGUCUUGAAUGCUCGGGAAAACAUCGAGGCUUGGGAGUUCAUCUCAGCUUUGUACGCUCUGUAACUAUGGAUAAAUGGAAGGAUAUCGAGCUGGAGAAAAUGAAGGCUGGAGGUAACAGCAAAUUUCGAGAGUUCUUGGAGUCUCAAGAUGACUAUGAUCCCUGCUGGUCGAUGCAAGAGAAAUACAACAGCAGAGCUGCAGCUCUUUUUAGAGAUCAGGUAGCUACUGUAGCUGAAGGCAAGGAGUGGUCCCUUGAAACUUCUCCUGCAAAGAACUGGACUCCACCACAGCCUAAAAUGUCUCUCUCUUCAGCUCAUCGUAGUUCUGCUGGACAAUCUCAGAAUGCAACUGCCUCAUCUGACAAAGCUUUUGAAGACUGGUUAAAUGAUGAUGUUAACUCCUAUCAAGGUGGCCAAGAGAAUCGCUAUGUGGGGUUUGGGAACACAGUAACCCCUCCAAAAAAGGAAGAUGACUUCCUGAAUAAUGCUAUGUCGUCACUGUACUCGGGAUGGAGCAGUUUUACAACUGGAGCUAGCAAGAUUGCCUCAGCUGCUAAAGAAGGUGCUACCAGAUUUGGAUCUCAAGCAAGUCAAAAGUUUUGGGGCUACAAGCAGCAGCCAGAGCCGGCAUCAGAGUUAGGUCAGACAUUAAAUGAAAAUGUUCUCAAACCUGCACAGGAAAAGGUGAAAGAGGGAAAAAUAUUUGAGGAGGUCACCGUGGGGGUAUCACAGUUGGCUAGCAAGGUUCAGGGAGUUGGAAGUAAGGGAUGGCGAGAUGUCACCACUUUCUUUUCUGGUAAACCAGAUGAUAAUUCUGAAAGACCAGCUGAAGGAGACAGCUACCAGAACAGUGGAGGGGAGGGCUACCAGAACAAUGCUGUAGAUCAAAGCUUCUGGGAGACCUUUGGCAACUCGGACCCACCAAAAGCUCAUAAAUCUCCAAGCAGUGAGAGUUGGACGUAUGUGGACAAUUCCACAGAGAAGAAGAGCUCCGAUAGCUGGGAUGUAUGGGGUUCAGGAACAGUCUCCAACAACAAGAACAGUAACAGCGACAGCUGGGAAAACUGGGAGACUAACUGGGAAAAUGCAGGAGGGGAGAGCAAGACCAAAAAACCUCCUAAGGCAACAAAAAAGGCUUCUUCAGCUGAUGAUGGGUGGGAUAACCAAAACUGGUAGAACUCUGUUAACCCUGUUUUGCACAGCUAGGGAAGGGUGGCUAUGCUGGCUGAUUGAGGGGAGACAGAUUCACACACAAUUGGAUUAUCUUGGUUGACUUUACUGAUCUGUUAUUUUUGUGCUGCCUUCCCAUUCAUUCUCCUUUCUUCUUUCCAAGUUUAGGAAAAAAUUAGUGUCGGAAUCUUGUUAUUACAUAAAGAUGACUCCCAUUUUUAAGGAUAAUGAUAAAUAUAAUCUCCUUGCACUAUUGAAGCUGAGUACAGUAACUUUCCUAACAGGGGUGUUUACAGGAAAAAAAAAAAAAAAAAAAGUGCAAGCACAUUUUCAUGGCACAACCUUGCAUGUGUAGUUUUAUAGGUCUUCAUCCAGUCUCCAUAUAACUUGAGAUGACCUGAAUAGUUUAAUACAAACAAAGGGGAAUGUGUAUCUUAAAAAGAUAGCCAUUAAAUAGGCAAAUUGCAGUUGCAUCGUUUUAGAUCAAAUGCCUUAUAGAUUGCUGGGACCACAUUAAGUCUGGCAGUUCAAAACGGUCUUUAAGAUGCUUUUUAUUGGAUAUGUGUUUUUAAACUUUGAGGUGUGAAGACUUUUAAAACUUCUCCCCUAGAAUUAAUAAAGAAUCUAGAACUAGACAGUUACUUGUAUACACUUAUUGUUUUGACAGUGUGAGCUAUCAAGGGAUAUUUAGAAUGGCUCUGCUUGUCCUUCUUACUCGUUUGGUUAAAAGUUUACACAGUGCAGCUUUCCUACACAUAUAAUGCAAAGCUGUGAUAUUCUCCUUCCUUUUCUGUACUUCUCCCCUGAUUUGAAUAUUGGUAGAGUCUCUUUUCUCUGUCAAAUUUUCUUCCUUCUACUCUUCUAUUUUAUCUAUUCUGAUAAAAAAAAAUUGCAUCUUUUCUGCUGCUUAUGGCCUUUUGGAUGUUUAUUUGGCAACUUGGCAAUGAAACGAACUUAUUAGAAAAAUACAGUUAGAUGAAAUAGGUGGAAAAUGUGAGAACAUCGAGGAGCAAGGCUGGCAGCAAGCCCAUUUCCAGAUAAGUAAAUGUCUGGAUUUAAUAGUCAAAUUUAAAUUAAGCAGAUGUUUUCUAAAUUAAUCAUUAAUUUGUCCACUAUAUCUCUGUUUCUGUUAUGUCUUUCUCCAGAUUUUCUUCCUGGAUCUUAUUAAAAGGAACAUACUUUUGGAAACUUUUAGAAACUUCUUGUCAGCAUUAAGGAAUGAAAUGAGAUUCAGUCAUGUUGCAAUUUUGACCCCACAAACUGGUUUGCAUGACAUACACCAUAACUUUUGUAGAAAUAUUUGGACUUCCUCCUUUAUCAGCAAAGAUGUCUUAUGUAUGCUUACUAGUUCUGUUUUGGGGAGUGGGUUAUGAGCUGAUUAUUUUCAGAUAUAUUUGAAAACUAAAUCAUGAUGUCUUUAUGUAGUCUACUUUGGUACCAGUAUGGAGUUCUCUACUGUGGACACUGUAGAUCUUAGAACCUGUCCAGAAAACCGUUUAUUUAACUGUUCAAGCAAAUGAUCAGCUCCAGUUGUCAGUUAUCUCAAAUAAUGCUUCAUUUCUUUGCCUCUUCACAGAGGUUUUCAAGUUUAUAGUAAUAGUCAAAAGUCAAGAGGCCAUGUAAUUGUAUUUAGCAGCCAAAAAAGAAAAAGAAGGGGAAGGGGGAGGUAAAUUAUGAAAUAAGUAGUUUUUAAAGUAGCAGUUUUUAAAGAGUUGUAGUCCAAGUAAGAACAUCUCUAUUUAUAUACCUGAAUUCUGAUCUUGCAGACCCACUGCUGUAUUUCUAUUCAUAUGAUCUUUCAGAUGGUCAAAAAAAUUUUCUAGCCUUCUCUAGCCCUCUACAGCAAAACGUAGGUUUUUUUUUUGUUUUUGUUUUUGUUUUUUUUUCCCUCCUUCUCCUUAUAAAAUGAUCUCUGAAUCUAAUGCAGCUGCUGGAGCCAGUACUGCUCGUGACCCAAGCACCACAGUACUGCUCGUGACCCAAGCACCAGUCUAGGCUGAGCCAUGCCAGAUGCGCAAAGCAUCCUUGCUGACAUGAUGAACCUACAGAAGAGACAGAGGCAGGAGAGAUCUAAGUUUUCAAGGCAACCUGUGCUACUCUUGGAAAAGAGGUUUACAGCCUGACCAUAAAACAAGAAUUUUGUUCUAUGUUUUCUUCUGUUCCAGAGAUACUUUUGUCAUAGCUUAAUUGCAUGUCACACAUGUAACUUUGUAUUUCUAUGCAUACACUUUUGUUGCCUUAUUCUUGUAGUUUGUCUGCUGCCCAGUACGAAACUGUAAUGCAUGUACUUUGAAGGCCAUGCUGUGUAAUUUAUGUGAACUGGCACUGCCAAGUCCUUGACUGACAGUUAAUCUUUGUGGAGUGUUGCAGUAGUGGUGACAGCGUGAUGCAUCUAACCGGUUGUAUUGUCUGACUGCUCAUGUCUGUCUGAGGUGAGGUGAAGCUGAUUCAGCUUCCUGUGUACAAAUUUAUUACAGUUUCUCUUUCAUAAACCUCCUGCAAUAGCUUGUAGAAGGAUGAGCUUUAUUUCAAUCCAUUCAAUCAACAGUACUGUGAUGUGUAUGAAUAUGUUCUCCUCGGUUGUGUGUGUUGCCUAGGAGAAAACUGGUAUCAGUUGCAGCUACAAAUGGCAUAAGCCAUUUGUUUAUUUGUCGAGUGUCGUUUUGUUUUGUUUUGUUUUGAAAUUUUGUUCAGAAUUAAACAACCAGAGUCCUA